AUGUCUGGCCGAAGUGCCUACGUUCGCAAGAAGAUCAAUGAGCCCACCAAAGGUGGGAGAGCCCGUGCUAAAUCCAAUGCGAGCUCCUCCGACAAUGCUACCAUCAACGACUACCCCAUAGCCCCAGUGCCCCCCGUCACAUAUGGCAGUCAAAGAGACCCGGGGCUCACGAGGAUUGACAGCAAUGCGCCAUACUACUACGGGGAAGAAAUCCCCGCAUAUCCCCAGUAUCCGACUCAUGCUGGGCCAGCACAAAUUGCCCGGCCACCAUCACGCCGGGCAGCACCCGCCGAGCAUGUCACGUAUGUCCGAGUUGUUCGACCUGUCAUCCCGACCAGCGAGGUCUCUGGUAUCGAGAAGUCCGGCUUGAGAAGCGUGCUAGACAAGAAAAGCAGCGAAGUAAGAAAUGGCUUGGCUAAGGCUUUCACCUUCAAGAAGGGGGAUAAGAAGGCAAAGGAAGUAGAGAGGCCCCCGUCAUCGGCCGUGGUUCGUCCAUCAAGAGGUGCUGGUGUAGUACCGAAGAGCCCACACGAUGUCCAUCCGCCAGAUAUCUCUCCGACUGCGAUCCAUCCGGGGCCUGUGGCUCCUCAAGGACAUGCCCUCUCUCCUGUACCUGAGGCAACACCCCAGCCUAUUGGGCCGUCGGUCAUGAAGCGCUGGAUUGGAGGAGGCCGGCCGGUGCAGCGUUGGAACAAGUUGAGGAAGGAUCCAGAACUUUGGGAUCCGAACGGCGAUGUGCUGGUUUACUUUGGCCAGAAGGGUCAGGGCUCUCUAAACCCGUCCUUCCGGCUGUCAUCGCACAUCAUCGAGGCUACCGAGUCUCGGUAUCUUGUCACACUCUUGAGAGAGGGGUUGACGGACGAGGACGUCAACAUGCCCUUCAGCCAACAGCAACAUCUCGGCUCAGGAGGUUACGGACGGACGAAACAGCCGACCCCGCCCGCUUCAGAAGACAACAGCAUUUGUGAUGCCGAUGGGCAGAUAUCCUAUGAGAUGUACUUCCCGCCGCCGCCGAAUAUGUCCCCACAGGAACAGCUCCGGCACAACAUCACAACGCGCAACGUGUUCGCCCUCCUUUACCAUGCUUCUCUCGUCGGUUUCUCGCUCUACCAAGCCCUUUCGGACCUACACACACGUCUCAUUGCCUGGAUGCCUCCGGAGUCGGACAACGUCGGCACCAUCAUCAAGUACCUGACUGCACGAGGACUCGACGACGUGCGCAACGACCCCGAGACAGCCGUCGGCCUGCUUGCCUGGAGUGAAGGUAGUGAUGUUCGUUGGGAGGAGGGGUGGCGCGAAAGCUUCUUGCACUGUGCAGGAUUGUAUUCGCGGCUGGAGAAGUGUGCCGAUUUUACACACGUAACACCGGUUACCAAAGCCCUCCUUGAGAGAGCAUCUCUUGAGACGCAGCUCCGUGUCCAGGCGGCCGAAGAACGUCUGGCUGCGUUUGAGUUUGGCGACAUGUGGCCCUCUGAGGUCGCCGUUGUUGCUAACCCCAGCGGUCCAGUGACUGCUUCCCCUGCCAAGGCCGCUGCGGAUAGACUGCAGAAGUUCUUCCUGCAGCACUAUACACGCGAGUUUGGGACUUGGCCUCCAGCGCCGGUUGUUCAGCCGGGCGCCCGGCAGGGCGAGGGUGAACAGGUGUGGCUGACCAGGACGGUGGCUCAAGUUCUCCAGAAGGAUUUUGCUGCGCUUUAUGACUACCUCGUCAACCGUGACGUUAUCUGGGAUGAGUCUGAGGCUCGCCCAAGCCGCAAGUGGAUGAUGGUCAGCAAGAGCGGCAACCGUGACUUUGAGGCUGACACUUCCGAUCUGCCCAUGACCGACAUGCUGAUCGAGUUUGACAAUAAGCACCGUUAUCCUCAUAUUCCUCAUCCAUAUCCUCUUGUUCCCGAGUCCAUCCCGCCGACCACGACCUCGAGUAAUUCUAGCACUGCCGCCGCGAAGCCCGCUUCUGGCAUCGGUUCUCUGUUCCCUGGCCGUUCAGGCAACAAGCCAAGCCCGCCGAACACGGGAACCAACACCCCGACGAGCAGCAGCACCAAUGUGUCAACCUCAGCUCUCGAGCGCCGUGUGCAGCUUGCCUACACGGAAGCGACUAACCUGUGCACCUUUGGCAGCGACUUCGCUCACUCCAGGCUUACAGAUGCCUUCGCCAAGUUCGAGCGGUCUGACAUGGUUGGCGAGAUCGAUCCGGCAACUGCGCGCCGCGGUCGCUGGAUCGUCAUCUACGGCGUGCUGCAGACGCUUGCUACCGUGGCGGUUGAUUCCCCUGGCGUGCGGUACUCCGAGGGCGUAGCGUACCACCUCUCGGUCCGGAUGCGUGGCCAGGCUAGACUGCCGCCAUGGAAGACUCGGAGACAUGGGCUCUUUGCUAUCGAGGCUUCGCACGAACUGUCACAUUGCUGGGUUGUCGUGGACAGCUGGGAGGGCGGGCUCAGCCCGGGCGGAGGUAUCGGGCUUGCCAACGGAGGCGAGAGCUCUGCAGAUGAGGAUGCUCUGGGUACAAGCCCCGUCGAUUCCCGUCUUCACCACCGCUAUCACCACGAUGGCUUCGACGUCCCCUACGGCAGCCAAAGCCUACAUUUCCCCUCCGUCCCGCGAGGCACCAUGAGCAGUACCACAACCGGCAGCAGCGGCACCCGCCGCGUACCCAGCAACAGCAGUCGGGGAGGACCCCCACCCCGUCUCCGUAACCGUCCUCCGACGGCCAUGACCUACGCCACGUCGUCUACGGGACCGGUGAGCUCCGCCGCAAGCGUGAUCUCACACUCUUCGUCGGAGGGACAGAGGUACAACGAUCCGUGGGGCUCACACCCUCCUCAGCUACCCCCUCUCUCGGCGCUGGUAGCUGCCGCGUCGGCAUCAGCGUCGGCAAGGGCGACUGCCAUCCCCCGUAGGCCAUCUGCUACAUCGAUGGGCACGUCGCCCGUCACUCCCCGUGAGCAUGCCAUCAUCGGCUCAAACCUCAUGUCCUCUUCUACUCGUUCAGGAGCGGGUCACGACGACGGCUGGGACGGCUACUGGAUUCUAAGCGGGACCAGCCCUGGGGGUUCCACAACCGGGCACGUGCCAAGCCGAUACGCGAGCACCGCCCUCGGCGGCGGCAGCAGUGGACUCAACGCUGUACCGGAUGAAUCUGUUGCGGGGGACGACGACGACGUGGUUGCGGAUGUGGACGAGAAGAGCUUUGCGAUGCCGGCGCCAUUUUCAGAUAAUGAGAGGGGCAGUACGAGGGCUACGACACGCACGGAGGAGAGUGAGGAGACGGGGAGGGCGUCGGUUUCGGAGGUUGGGACGGAGGAUAGUCGGGGAAACAAUAAGGCGGGGGCAGGUUUUGGGGCGGAAGGAAGGAGAUUGCGCAGACAUGAUGGGAAUGGGCAUGGGGAUGAUGGUCUGGGACUGAUUAUUAGGGAUUUUGAUGAGUUAGGGGUCAUUGAUUGA